CAUCCGGAGGCCUGCUUCACAGUCAGUUAUCAGUCUUUCUGUCUAGGGUUUCGGAGCAAGUGUUUUUCCGAGCGGCUUCUCAUCCCCAUUUUGUUGUAGAAUAAACGAGCAAGAACAAAGGAGCCAGUGGAGAUAAGUUCAUUAAAAUGAAGGCAUUUUCCAUGGAGAGGAGAAUUUUUAUCUUAAUUCAGCUGUAUCUAGGACUGUCGGGCGUGGGCGCACUCACUGUGAAAAUCCCUCAAACCCAGUAUGAGUAUGCCAGGGGUGAUAACGUCAUGCUGCCUUGCACCUUUAGCUCCACAGUCAGACCAAUACCCCUAAUCAUCAUCACAUGGUCUGCAUAUGCUGUGAAUGAUAUAUCUGAUGAAAGGACCCAGAUCUUAACCUACUAUUAUCCCAAUAACAUCACUGACAUCAAAAAUGAGUAUGAAGGUCGACUGUCACUGGACUUUGAUCUCAACACUGGAAAGGCAAACUUGAGGAUUUCCUCCAUCACACUGGUAGACAAUGAGAAUUUUGAGUGUCGUGUCAACAUCCCUGGUGACGAUGAGGGCGAGCCGUUUGAUUCGACACGUUUGGUGGUUCUAGUUGCUCCGUCUACACCCAUUUGCAAGAUCCAGGGCAAGGCAGAAUAUGGCCAGAACAUCAACCUGACCUGCAAGUCUGAGGAAGGUUCCCCUCCACCCACUUAUACAUGGACUAGUAAAGAUGCACAGGGCACCCCUCGGCCUCUAGACCCGAGAAAUCCUCCAAAGGGAGGCGUAAUGUCUCUAUAUAAUAUCUCCAAAGACACAUCGGGAUACUUCAAAUGCGUCUCAGAAAAUAAGAUUCGUUCCGAUUUCUGCAACAUCACCCUGAAGGUCAUGCCACCGUCCAUGAACAUUGGCUCCACCGCGGGAAUUAUUGGUGGAGCUGUCGCUGUGCUGAUCAUACUCAUCAUUGUCAUCUAUUGCUGCUGCUGCCGAAAGAAGAACAAAGAGGAGGAAUACGCUAUGGGCAACGUUGAGGAUGAGUACCACGACCAAGAGUCAAAUCCUGAAAAGCAGGAGAAACCUCGGAGCAAUGACGACUCUAACAGGCCUGCUGAAGGACGGGACCGCUAUGACGAACGCGGUGAGCGCGUUUAUGAUCGUCCCCAGGACUACGACGACCGGCGCAGCGACUACGACGACCGACGCAGCGACUACGACGACCGGCGCAGCGACUACAACGACCGGCGCAGCGACUACAACGACCGGCGCAGCGACUACGACGACCGCCGCAGCGACUACACCGCCCGCCGCAGCGACUACGACGACCGGCGCAGCGACUUCGACGACCGGCGCAGCGACUACAACGACCGGCGCAGCGACUACGACGACCGGCGCUACGAUGACCGCAGAGAUCCACGGUAUGCUGACGACGACCGCUACGAUGAGCCCCACAACAGUCUUGACCGCAACAGGCCACCAGUGCCGAAUAAUAAGCCACCAAGGAGAGACUACGAUAAAUAAGGCCCCCAGCCUCAAUCACAUUUAGUUGACUUUAUUUUAUAGUGUAUCUAGCUGAUACCUAAUUGGCUCAAUUGGCUUUUUAACAAAAAUAAGGAUCGUGCCCUGUUAUAUUUUAAGUGGAACAUUUCUGAUAGUUGAAAUCCUAUAGGUGUGACUGAGAUGAGACAUGGAGGAGGAUUAGUGUGGGAUGGGCAGGCAAACCAAAAUGGUGCCCACGAAGGCCAUGUGAUCUGUGUUUCGUAGGUAGUAGGUGGGUGGAGUCAACAGUCGAAACCUCCAUGUGUUAGUACAAACACUGUCUGGAAAGAUUUGUUCAAGCAUUACAUCCAGCUUACAUUGUACUGGACAAACAUUUCACAGAUCCCAGAAACACAGGUUUUACAUUUUAAAGUAAAAUAUUUGUCUCCUUUGUUGGUUCUAUAUAUAUAUAUAUAUAUAUAUAUAUAUCCAUUCUAACAAAUUUAAAAAGCCACACUUCCAACAACCCAGGUUUAAUUAUUUGUCCUCAUAAUUUUAAAUAGUAUACAGAUUAUUGGAUUCAAAUUUGUGCUGAAUAAGAAAAGUGUAACUAUUGUCUCUGUAUGUCUGUUUUUCUUAAUGUAUAUACUUUUUUUUUUUUUACUGAGAUAUAUUAAUGGACUGCGAUCAAAACGGUUACAUGCUUUUGAAUCUUUAACCCUUUUUGAGUGAUACACAAAAGACAGUAUGUUUUUGUUUGUGAGUGCUGCUUAACCUGUUGAAAUGUGCGUGAAAAUAACUGCACCUGUUCAGUCUGGUUGGAUGACAUUUUAAAGUGACUCAUCGAACACCUUGACGAAACACCUUGCGCAGGAUGUUAUCAAAUGUGUGGACACGAGGUUUGUAGUACACAGAUUAUCUUAGAUUAGAUUAAGUAUUUUGGCUUGAAAUUCAACAAAGCCUCUGAUUUUUUUAUUUCUAUUUUAUUUUUUACAAAGCUACAUUCACACUAAACAUGUACUCAAAUUAUUUUUGUGUGAAGUUACUGUAUAUUUUUCUGUAGAAACUGGGCUUGAAUGCUUUGUGUUCUUUUUUCUUUUUUUUUACCUCAAUAUUAGAAUUAUUAGAGCUUCCGCUAAUUGUUGGGCAAUUGUUUAAACACACAUUUAGGAACGUCAAACCUAAAUAAUAUUUGUUAUGUUUAAUUAUUACAUAGAAUAUUGAAUUUUAAAGAUGCUACUAUUGUGUCAAGCAAUAAGUUUCUGAUUGGGAUUUGUCUAAAUGUUUUGGGUUUUCUGUCUUGGAGAUGCAUGAACUAUGACUUUGAAACAAUGCUGAAAUAAACUGCUCAAAGCAAA